CAACCAGUGACACCUAAAAAAUAUCAUUAUAACGGUGAAGGUAAUUUCUCACAAAGUUAUCUUGUAUUAGUUUCAAACUGUGAUGACUUGAGCAUUUAACACGACGUGAACAAGGCCGCCAACUAUAUAGUUUUACCGGCCAUUAGCAUGGGUGUCACCGUCGACUCUUACAAGGCCGGUGAUGGUAAGACAUUCCCUAAGAAGGGCCAGACGGUUAUUGUACAUUACACUGGUACCCUAACUGAUGGCAAGAAAUUUGACAGCUCUCGUGACAGAAAAGAUCCUUUUAAAUUUGUCAUCGGUAAAGGACAGGUUAUUAAAGGAUGGGAUGAAGGUGUUAGUCAGAUGAGCGUGGGCGAACGAGCUUACCUUACGUGUUCACCAGAUUAUGCUUAUGGAGCCAAAGGUAUCCCAGGUGUAAUACCCCCAAAUGCAACUCUGAAAUUUGACGUGGAAUUGAUUAACAUUGUCUAAUGAUUUCGAAUCAUUUCUUUUUACUUGUUCACACUAAUUGUCAAUAAAAUAUCCUCAGCACUCACAGUUUUUCCGGAUUUGGUCUCUGGCAGGAAAAUUUAGUGAUUUCGUAACCUGGCUAUUGUGGAUCCCCAAUGUUUACGAUAAUAUAGUCUAACUCCGUUA